AUGACCAUGAACAAAGCUAAUUUCUUCGUCCCUUUUUUCAUAUUGUUCUUCUUUGGAUCAAGAUUUUCGAAAGUAGCUAGCGCAGGAGACCAAAAUGCCUUAGCUGCAUCAUUUGUCUUCGGUGAUUCGCUAGUGGACGCGGGAAAUAACAAUUACUUGCAAACGUUGUCUAGAGCCAACAGUCCUCCUAAUGGCAUCGAUUUCAAACCAUCCCGUGGAAAUCCAACCGGCCGGUUUACCAAUGGCCGCACCAUAGCUGACAUCGUUGGAGAAAAGUUAGGACAACCAAACUAUGCAGUUCCAUAUUUGGCACCAAAUGCAAAAGGUGAAGCAUUAUUAAAUGGUGUGAAUUACGCAUCUGGUGGUGGUGGAAUUCUCAAUUCUACUGGAAGUGUAUUUGUGAAUCGGCUAGGAAUGGAUAUACAAGUCGAUUACUAUAGCAUUACAAGAAAGCAAUUUGAUCAGCUUUUGGGUGAAGAUAAAGCUCGAGAUUACAUCAGGAAGAGAUCCAUCUUCUCUAUAGUCAUUGGCUCAAAUGAUUUUCUCAACAACUAUCUAGUCCCUUUUGUUGCAGCUCAAGCAAGAUUAACACAAACCCCUGAAACUUUUGUUGAGGACAUGAUAAACCAUCUUCGUGAUCAACUCAAGAGAUUAUAUGCAAUGGACGCUCGUAAAUUUGUGGUGGGGAAUGUUGCUCCGAUCGGGUGUAUACCAUACCAGAAAUCGAUCAAUCAACUGAAGGAUAAACAGUGUGUGGAUUUAGCAAACAAAUUGGCUCUUCUGUACAAUGCUCGUCUCAAAAAUCUCUUGUUGGUGGAAUUGAAAGAUAGUCUUAAAGACGCACACUUUGUGUAUGCAAACGUCUACGAUCUAGUCAUGGACCUCAUCGUCAACUACAAAGACUACGGGUUUAGGACGGCGAGUGAGGCGUGUUGUGGGACGGGAGGGAGACUGGCGGGGAUAUUGCCAUGUGGACCAACGUCGAGCCUUUGUACGGACCGGUCAAAGCAUGUGUUCUGGGACCCUUACCAUCCUAGCGAAGCUGCCAAUCUCCUCAUUGCUGACAAAUUACUCUACGGCGACUCCAAAUUCGUUACUCCCUUUAAUCUCCUCCACCUUCGUGACCUUUCUUAA